UAACAUACUAGAUGCAACUAUAUGUGCCUUUUUGUGUGUUUGCUGCUGUUUGGCUUAUGCAUAGGAAACUGAGAUUUAAACUAAUACUAUUAAUUCACAAAGCUCUUAUUGGCAGGAAAGUUUCAAAAAAGCCUUUUACAAAGCUGUGAGGUACAAAUAGAACCACUAACUUGACAUGCGGCAAAUACAAAACAAAUCAAAAACACUAAUGUCAGCAAUAACACAAUAAAUAUAAUACUGUAACUCUUUCCUCUCUGUCUCUCCCUCUCUCACACACAUUCUUUCAGUAGUGCUGAAUUGCCAUAGCAACAAGGAUUGGCAAAUGCUCCAAAUAUCUAUGCUCAACCAGUCAGUCACAAAUAGCAUCCUCGUGGGCCUCAGAUAUGAUGAUCACUGGCAUUUAUUUGCGUAUAUAUGUACAUUUAACUGUAAACUGAUACGCAGGGCUUUCAUAGAUGUGGAAAUAUACAGCUCAGGUGCACUCUUGACUACUGGAUUGGUUAUAUUUUGGUGACUCACGAGCUGUUGCAGUGGAUCUGAUGCAUAAUAGUGUCGUGAUACCAUAGGGGAGAGCAUAAGUGGAGAUGGUUCCUCAACAUGAGCUCUUAAACUCCUGGAGAGACGGUUUAAUUUGGCGUUUUUGUCGUGUUUCCCUUCAGGAUCCCCAGUCUUUUAUGUAAAAUGGAGACCCCAAGCCUGUCCCCCAUGCUUGCAAGAAUUAUAUUUUAAUUGAUGAUAAGAGAGAUAUUAUGCGCUCUAUUUAUAAUUUGUGCGCGUAACGGUGCGUCUCCGUGCGUCUCUCGUCAUUAGCCAAUGUACAUCCAUCUGCUCGCACUGCAUCAGCUGCCACGGCGGGGCUAGCGUUCACGUCACAGGUUUUUUUUUCUUCUUCUUUCCUCACCUUCCCCUUCUCGAUUUUUUUUGUUACAGCAGAGCAUCUCUCCCCCCUCUCUCUCUCUCUCUCCCUCUCUCUCUCUCCCUCUCUCUCUUCACCGCCCACUCCACUCACCGCCGCCUCGCCGGCUUCUUCUUCGCCUGCCUCACCACAUCGCCCGCUGCCCCCUUUUUUCUGCAUUUUUUUUAAAGGGAGAAGAAGAGUGCACACAUUUUUGGGGGGUCAAAAUACCAACAGACCAACAAAAAAGGAGAGGACAUCACCAUGGCGAGCACCGAGGAUAAACCGGCCAACAAGGAGAACACGUCCAGCUGGAAGGACUCCAUCUACAACCCGAGGACCGGGGAGCUGCUCGGUCGCACGGCCAGCAGCUGGGCUCUCAUCCUGCUCUUCUACUUGGUUUUCUACUGUUUCCUGGCCGGUAUGUUCGCCCUCACCAUGUGGGUGCUGCUGCUCACUCUGGACGACAAUGUGCCGAGGUAUCGAGACCGCGUUCCCAGUCCAGGGCUGGUGAUACGUCCCGCCUCUCUGGACAUUGCUUUCAACAAAUCUGACCCGUUGAAGUACGCUCAGUACGUCCAACACCUGGAGUCCUUCCUGCAGAGCUAUAACGAUACUGAGCAGGAGAGGAACAUCGACUGCCCUCGAGGAGAGUAUUUCAUCCAGGAGGACACCGAGGAGAUGACCAAGAAAGCUUGUCGCUUCAAGAGGGGCUUUUUGAGCCUCUGCUCCGGCCUCUCCGACACCAACUUUGGAUACUCUGAGGGACGACCAUGCGUGCUUCUCAAACUGAACAGGAUUAUUGGCCUGAGGCCCCGUGGAGACCCUUACAUCAACUGCACAGUCAAAAGGGACAACCAGAUUCAAAUGCAGUAUUUCCCCAGUGAGGGGCGCAUUGAUAAAAUGUAUUUCCCCUACUACGGCAAGAGAGCUCACGAGAAUUACGUGCAGCCCCUGGUGGCCGUGAAGCUGCUCCUUACCAAGGAGGACUACAACAAGGAGCUGCCAGUAGAGUGCAGGGUAGAGGGCUCUGACCUCCGCAACAAUGACGAAAGGGACAAGUUCCUGGGCCGCGUCACCUUCAGGAUCAAGGUGGUCGAGUAAGAAGAGAAGAAAGACGGUAUACGGGAGAACCCCGAUGCAGAGGCUGCCAACGUUUGCUAAGGAUUUGUGUUUAAAAAUUUAAAUAAAAAGGAAGGAAGUGUCAAAUUUGUCACAAAGGUGGCAUUUUUUGGGGGGAUGUCGCCCAGCAGUUUGAUGCAGUUGAGUCGCCAGUCAGAUACAGAUACUGAAUGUUGCUUUGAUGACAUUUCUGACCUUUCUUUCCUUCAUGAUUCCUUGCCGACCUCCGCAAACAUCCCCAGAACAUCAAACAGGCUCUGCUCCUCCAUCUACCUACCUGUCCAUCCUUCAUUCACCCGUUGCACUGCUCAUCCUUCAACCUUUUUUUUUUGUUUUCAGCAUAGGUGUGAUUAGAUAACUUAUAGCCAUUGCAACCAAGCCAUUUGGAGCUGUUGUGUAAUGCAGAUACGUCUUUUUUUAUGGUUUUUAGAUCUUCCUGCUGUCAGGAAGUGAGUGUUGUUUUCAUCUCUCUGAAAUGUACGAAUGACUGUAUUACUGCCGAUGUUGAGAGGAUUUUUAUCUUGCUGUAUAGUACAAGUGAGAAGGUAGAACAUUUGCAGCACACAUCUCCAGAGUAUUCACAUUAUCACAUCACAAAGACUUCAUAGGAACGUACCUUGAUAAUCAAGUAUAGCCACUGUAUCCCUGUAUAUGAAAUGCCAAUUACAAAGUCCCUUUCUACAUAUAAAUACAUUGUGAUCCUUAUCAUAUUUAGGGAAUUAUAGAUAGAUCUUUGUGUUGUGGCCUGCGUAGCCGCAACAGCAGUCUUGUGCUGUCUGUCUGUCCGUCUGUCUGCAUGUCCGUCCGUCCGUCUGUCCGUCUUCCUGUUUCUACUCACCUCUCCACUGCAAUAGCCUACGUGUGGGUGAGCCGUCCAGGACUAGAUAAGUUGUCUCGCUCCACCUCGCGGGGUGCUGCGAAUCGAUGGUGGCUGAGGAGACAAACACGCAAACACAAACAUACAAACACAUGCAAACACAAACACAUACAGAAGGUACAGUGUAUAAAUUACUCGCUGAGGAAGCGUUGCAAGAAUAAAAAGUUCACUGUAACUAUGUACUGUAUAUCUUAUACGUGAUCUGUAUAUCUAUCUGGGUCUCAAAGAUUGUUUGUUAGUUUUCUCUCUUCUUCAGCCUGUUGAUCUGAUUGUCUGCCAAUCUAUUACUCUUCAAUGUAUAUAUAUAUACACUAUCUACCAUAUUUACUUAAUUCACACUGUAUUUUUGUCACAAAACACAAUGUCUGUGCACUGUAAAGAAAUAAUUUAAGCAAAGAUUUACAGGAAAUUAUCUUAUUCAAAGCUAUGUUUACACAGUCUUAAAAGGAACCCGCAUUUGAAAGAACAACUUGUAACAUCUCUUCAGGGUGCCUUAAGACCUGAUGAAAUAAAUUGUGAAAUAAAAGUGAUUUUGAAGAAAAAAAA